AUAGGAGUAUUAAUAAUAUUAAAUUGAAAAUGUUCUCCAUUCAGUAUAGGUAGGCAACUCCAUUUCCUAAAUUCUUAGCCAAAGUCAUUAUAUUCUUCGAACUUCAGAUUUAAAUCUUAAUUUCAACUUUUUAUCAAACGAUUCAGAACUGUUUUGACUCUAAAAACUAAUUUUAUAAUUUGUUAACCUUUUAUCCUGUAGAACAACUGAGAAGGCAGUUUUAGCCACAGCGAUAGAAAAAUUUGUCUCCCGAAAUUAUGGACCUAAAACAGCAGCUAAUAUUGUGAGGAAGUGCCAGACGCUUGAUGAGGCAAGAAAGGAAUUAGCCUCUCUGAAAUACUCUGAUGAUGCCCAGAUGCACAAAGAUCUCCUAAUCUUUUACUAUAAUGGGCUAAAAUAUCUGAAUUGUCAAUUCUCUUUUAGGCUUUAUGAUGAAAACUCAGUUGAUAUAGGGUUUCUCUGGAGAGACUCUCUUUCUGGAAUUGAGUAUAUUUCCCAUCAAGGACUGGAUUUGGAAAUGAAUAGUAUUUUAUACAAUUUAGCAGUGUGUAUACAUAAUAUGUCAUAUAACAUGCCUGUUACUAAGGAGUCUCUUAAGACCAUUUCUCUUAAUUUCCAACAAGCAGCUUGGCUUUUUCAAGAAAUCAGAAAUAAUGUCGAUAAGAUCGACCCUAACACAAGAGGGGUGGAUUUUAGGCCAGACAACCUGGAUAGACUGGUUCUUAUAGAACUUGCCCAUUCCCAGUAUUGAUUCUUUAAGAAAGCAGAACUGACAGAUUGUAGUGCAGAUCUGAUAGCCCGUGUUGCUAGGCAGACCUGGAGUUAUUUCUACAACGCUGGAAUUUUAGUGAAGGGAACUCUCAAACUAGAGCUUGAGAAAUACUGAAAUUAUCCUUUAAAGACUCUGAGAAGUUACACUGAGAUUUAUGAUGGGAUAUCAUUGAUGUACCAAGCAAAAUACCUGUUCCCAAAGUUUCAAAAAUAGCAAAGAAGGGUUUGCAGAUGUUUAUGGCUACUGUAAUGAAGCAUCAAGAAUUCUCUCUGGUGUAUCAUUUGAUAAUGAACAAGUAAUGGAGGGAGUGAAGACUAGACUUGAUGAUAAUGAGGUUCUAAGAAAGGAGUUGGGAAGGAUGCAUGAUUUACUUUAUCAUGAAAACCCAACGAAAUACGAACACCUUCCUCCUAUUGAAUGAAAAUAAUUAUGCAUUUCUCAGAAGCCUUGAAGAAGAACUUAAUAAAGAAUUUAGGGGUGCUUGGAUUUCAGCUGAGAAAAUGAAUUCUCAGAGUGCAAAUGAUAUCAAUGAGAAAUAUGAUCCCUCCGCUAAUGAUACUGAAAAUUAUUCUUCAAAUACAUCUCCAAACUCUCAAAAUUUUGAAGAAGAAAAGCAAACAGAUCAAAAUAGUUAUAACCAUGAAGGUCAUGUAGAUCCAACUGCUUAUGCAGGUAUUCAUCCGAGUCCUUAUGCUCAGCCUGGACCUGCAGUAAGCAUGGCCAAUUAUGGAAAUGUAAAACAUGGUUUUUAUGGUGGCUACCACGGACAGAAUAACCAGCCUGCUAACCCUGCUUAUUAUGGCCAAUAUGCUCAACCAAAUGGAAUGGUUGAUCAGAACCCAUCCGAGCAGGUUCCUCAGCAGCCAGCUCCCCAAAGUGAUGGAUAUUAUGGGGUUACCCAAAUAAUGACCCAGCCUCAGACAACCUACGAGAAUUGAGCAUCCAUGGAAUAUUCCAAUAAACCAUGACCCACAGGAGAUACUACUAUUGAAGAAGGCCCAACAAGAGGAGAGUCCUUAUAUAAGAACAUUACUCAAUAA